AUGUGCGGUGCAUUUGGAUCAAACCUUAAAGCCCUUCUUCUUUCCAACAAUUCCUUGGUAGUCUUCGAAAUUCGAUCCAAGUUUGUCGUGCGCGGCUUCGAGGCACGCUCAGCACAGGCUCGUAAUCCUCUGCGCACUAUGAAGAACGCCUACUGCGAGGACGGAGAAGCACAACUUGAAGGCUCCCAAAUCGUGGAAAGUUCGUCAUAUUUGUACCUCGGACGUUCUAUGAACAUGGAAAACGAAUUGAAGGAAAAGUCGAACAAAAGAAUGAGAGCAGCAUGGGAAGCACUCGCACCCGUCAGGGAAGCUACGGACCAACUGACGGACCAAGAUCUUUGUACCCAUCUGUUUGACUCGACAGUUAUUCCACGCGCUUUGUUACGCAGCGGAGACGUGGCAGCGGUGUCUGCCACGUCUAGGAAGUUAUUUACUACCCAUAGAGCCAUUGAGAGGUGCCUUCUGAAGUUUAACCGGCGCACACAAGACCUAGCCGGUCUUCUCAGCUCCGACUUAAAAGGAAUGUCCCGUCUUCGCGACCCGGCGGAAUAUAUAUCGAAGGCAAACAUAGAUGGACCGGUCACUUUAUGA